GGAAAAUGUUUGAAAGAAAUGUAAACGCGCGAGGAGUAUGAUAACAUCAACUGGUAGGACGGCGCCGUUCAUAGUUUUCCCACAGAAGAGCAUCGCGAAAUAUAAAUGGGACAUCUGAAAAUAUGCAACAGACUGUCAGUGCCAGCUGUCAGAACUUUACAUGGCCAAACUGCGUUGUGCAAAGUGAUGGUGUGCUCUCAAAGCUAAUGUUACUUAUAGCAUAUCGUUAGGCUUCAGGGUGGUUCGUAACUUUACCUUUAACUUACAACGUGUCAACUACAAUGAAAUCUUCGAUUUGAAUGUCAUGCUUUUAAGAGGACAGUCACUGUAAUUCCACUACAGAAAGGCUUCCCCACUACACAUCACGGACCUACCGCCAAAUGUGACUCAACCUGGGGAACUAUUUUACAUCGACCUACCACACAUUUAUUUCUCUGACAGAUGCCUUCUUUAUUUUUCUCCAUUGGCAUACUUUUACAAGACACUUUUGGACUUAUAUCUAAUUUUUUGUUAUUGUGAUAAAACCAGAAACCCUCGCCAUCCCUGCAUUAUUAUGUCUGUCACCAUGGAAACCAACGUGAUCACCACCCCUCUCCCCAUCCCAGUCCACUUCUCCCACGCCCAGCAGUCCUUCUCCCUGAAGAGGAGAAGGUUCCCUUUCUCUGCGUCCUCCUCCUCCGCCCUUGCUUCCCCCUCCCGCCUCUCCAGCUCUCUGCCACCACGGCCCCCCUCCAAAGCCGCUUGCCCCUCCGUCAGUCGCUUGUUCCCACAGGAGCCCCCUUCGGCCUGGACCCCGCUGUCACGCUCACUGAUUGCCAAGCCCCCUCCACCCUCAAUCUAUGACCCUAAGCGACAUCAGUCCUUUUUCAGUCAGUUUUUCACCAACCUUGGCCUGUUGGGACGAGGCUCUUUUGGGGAAGUGUACAAGGUGCUGAGCCUUCUUGACGGGUGUCAGUAUGCGGUAAAGCGCUCGGUGCAGAGAUUCCGAAAUGGCAGCGACCGCGCGCGGUGCUUGCGGGAGGCGCGGAACCACGAGCGACUGGGCCGGCACCCCCACGUCCUGGGCUUCGUGGCGGCCUGGGAGGAGGGCGGGCGCCUCUACAUCCAGACGGAGCUGUGCUGCACCAGCCUGCUGCUGCACGUGGAGGACCUGCCCAGCAGCCCUGACGAGGUGGCGGUGUGGGGUUACCUGUGCGACCUCCUCUCGGCCCUGCGUCACCUGCACACCGACGGCUUCACCCACAUGGACCUGAAGCCCGCCAACGUCUUCGUCACGCGCUCCGGGCGCCUCAAGCUGGGCGACUUCGGCCUGCUGCUGGAGAAACGAGGCGCGGGCGGCGUCGGAGGAGGAGGAGGAGGAGGAGGAGGGCGAGGAAAAGGAGGGGCCAGAGACGAAGAGCUCUCGGAGACGGAGAAGGAGGACAUGCAGGAGGGGGACCCCAGGUACAUGGCCCCCGAGCUGCUCAGGGGGGAGUACGGCCCGGCCGCCGACAUCUUCAGUCUUGGGGUGUCCAUACUCGAGUUGGCGUGCAAUAUGGAGGUUCCUAAGGGAGGAGAGGGUUGGCAGCAGCUUCGCCAAGGCAUUCUGCCCUCUGAGUUUACCAAUGGCCUCUCUCCUGAGCUGCGGCGUGUGCUGUGUCUGAUGCUGGCCCCAGAGCCCUGUAGGCGCCCCUCAGCGGAGCAGCUGCUGGCGCUGCCGUCCGUCCGCAAGCACAGCUGGAGACGCCACAUCUGCCUGCUGCUGCACGAGAGCCUGCAGACGCUCCUCUCCUACUCACAGUCGGUGGUCUCUGUAGGCUGGGGCCUCCUGUCCUCCCUCAAUCUGCCCUUCCUGCCCCGCUGUGACCCCCCCGCCCCCUGCACCCCCCCGCGUGGAGACAGCUGGGAGAAGGAGGGCGACCUGAGCGCCCUGCCGCCCAGCCCCCCCACACCCCCCAGCGAGCUGCGCCACUCCGGGGCCGAGUCCGUGUUCCUGGGAGAGGAGUCCGUGGUUCUGCCCAAGCUGCCGCGCUUCGACGACUCGCCUGCGGACAGGCUUCCGUCCCGGCUCUCGUUCGGCAGCACAUCCACCUCCACGCCCCUGUCGGCCCCCUCCUCCGCCAGACCCAACGCCAGCCCUCCGCACGCCACGCACACACAGACGGAGAGCCGCGAUUGGCUGACCACGCUGGAGAACCUGCCGUACCCUGCUUACACUCCGCCCAGCUCUCACUCUGGAGUGGCGUCGGUGGUCUCGAGACUGGACGGCACCAGCACCGGCACCGGCACCGGCACCGCCGCCACUGGCACGCCGGGCUUCAGCCCCAUACGGCUCCACAGCCUGAACCGGAGCCGGCAACCGUCCUCCCGGACCCUGGACCGGAACAGCCCGCCACACACGCCGUGCUCCACGCGCUCGCUCUCGCGCUCGCGCUCGCUUCUGCGCUGCGGUGAGGCGGCGUGGGGAGAAGGGGAGGAGUCUGUCAACAAGCGCAGCUUCGAGCCCAAGAACCUCCUGACCAUGUUUGACGACGCCGUGUAGAGCGCACGAGAGAGAGAGAGAGAGAGAAUGAAUAGUGUGUGAGGGAGAAACUGGUGUGUGAGUAAGAGGAGAUAGCCAUUGUGUGUGUGUUUGUGUGUGUGUGUGUGUGUGUGUGUGUGUGUGUGUGUGUGUGUGUGUGUGUGUGUGUGUGUGUGUGUCACUGCCUAUUUUGCUUGAAUAUUGUGUACCUGAAUACUGCCAUAGAGUAAAGGCUGGAAUCUAUGUACAUAGUUAUUUAAAAUGGAAAGAAAAAAGAAGAGAGGCUUUAUUGCUUUUUGAACAAUGUUAUGGAGACAGAGUGCUUUAUGUCCAUCGUUGGGAUUUUCCAGUGGAUUUUUUUGCCCUUUUAAAUUUUUGUGUUGUUGAGGGCCGAUUGUAUGACUGGGGGGAAGAAAAGAAACAAAGUGCAGGUGGGUUUGGAAUUCCAUCUAGCGACUUUGCUGCUCACUGGUCGAUUUUAUCUGUAGAUAUAUUUAAUUACCUGAGAAGUGUAUUGCUGUUGGUAUGAUUUCUGAGUCUACAUGGGGGGGGAAAAGACGACGUGGCUUGACCAGGUCCAACAUGUGAGUUAUGCAGUUUACAUAUUGUGACGUGUUGUUGACUUUGAAUGUGACUCUACAUAUGUUGAGAUAUUAAUAUAUUUCUCUUUAUGUAAAUCGUAUAUUGGCUACAUAAUGGCUACAUUACAUUGAACAAAAAAAUAAAAGAAUCAGUCUA